GCCGCGUUAGUUUCUCUCGGUUUCUCUGCAGCUGCUUGCCCUGUGUACACUUUAUACAGGCUUUUCAAUAAUCGACAGUCAUUUUUCAUUAGUUCCAAGCAGGAACUUAUUGUAUUAUCGAACAAUUUAGUUAUCUGGACAAAAUCUAAAAAAGUUUCUGCAGCGGUUAAAACCACACAUCCGCUUCACGCAGCAUUACAGGGCUGUUUUCAGAAGUUAACCUUCAGCAAUAAAAAAUGGAGGAAAAUAUUCCUACUGUAUUUCCGGCUUCAUCGUUUAAUCCACGAGCUGAUGCUGAUGCGCUUCAUAAGGCAAUGAAAGGUUUGGGUACUGACGAAAAAGUUCUCAUAAGUAUUCUGUGCCAUCGCACCCGUGACCAGCGCGUGUCAAUAAAUCAUGCCUACAAGGCAGGCUAUGGAAAGGAUUUGGAGUCGGCAUUAAAAAGCGAACUGGGCGGUUGUUUUGAAAACUUGAUGGUUGCUCUCUGCCUUCCUCUGGCAGAGUUUAUGGCACGUGAAGUUCAUCAUGCUAUCAGUGGAAUAGGAACUAACGAAGGGACGCUCAUUGAAAUUCUUUGUAGCGGGACUAACCAGGAUAUACGAGAAAUGAACGCUGCUUACCAACAAUUGUACGGGCAUCCUAUGGAAAAUGAUAUUAAGGGAGAUACCUCUGGUGAAUUUGAAUUGCUUCUCGUUUCAUUGGUCCAGGGUCAAAGAGAUGAGAAUCAGACGGUUGAUGUUUACGAGGCUAGAGCGGAUGCCCAUCUUUUGUUUCAAGCAGGAGCGGCCAAGGUAGGAACAGAUGAAAGUGUUUUUCAUUCUAUCCUUGCUUCUCGUAGUUGGCCUCAUUUACGGAUGGUUAUGGACGAGUAUCAAGAAAUGCAUGGCCACACGUUGGAGCAUGCUGUGAUGAGUGAGUUCUCGUUUAACGCCGAGAGAGGUCUUUUAACAAUAUUGCAAUGUGCCAAAAACCGACAUGAAUAUUUCUCUCAUCGCCUACAUCACGCCAUUGAUGGAUUGGGCACAAACGAUCGUAACCUUAUUCGUAUAAUCGUUAGUCGUUGUGACGUUGAUCUCAACAACAUAAAACAAGAGUAUGAAAGGAAAUUCAGCCGUAGUCUUCAAGCUGAUGUUUCGGGCGAUUCUUCAGGUGAUUACCAAAGGGCACUUCUGGCUCUUCUCGGCUAAAAAUGUAAUCGGGAAUUACAUUCUUUACAUCAGAGUUAUUUCUGAAUUAUCUUUAAUACUUUCAUUAAAAUAAUUUUUGGCUUUAAAAAAUUUCAUUUAUUACAAUCAUAAAGACAAUAAUAAGGUCUUAAAUCUG